GGUGGUUGCUAGGUGGGAGGUCACAGAGCGCGGCUCAGGGAUUGGGCAGUGUCGGGGGAGGUGGGUGGUGAUUGGGCGGUGCCCAGGAGGCGCCUGAGUGAGGCACGGGUGCGCAAGCGGGAGUUCCGGCAGGAGGCCCGUGGUGAGGGCCGGCGCCUUCACCAUGGCUUCAGCUCAGCUGGACUACACCAUCGAGAUCCCGGAUCAGCCCUGCUGGAGCCAGAAGAACAGCCCCAGCCAAGGUGGGAAGGAGGCGGGGACUCGGCAGCCAGUGGUGAUUCUCUUGGGAUGGGGUGGCUGCAAGGACAAGAACCUUGCCAAGUACAGCGCCAUCUACCAUAAAAGGGGCUGCAUCGUGAUCCGAUACACAGCCCCGUGGCACAUGGUCUUCUUCUCUGAGUCCCUGGGCAUCCCUUCACUUCGUGUUUUGGCCCAAAAGCUGCUUGAGCUACUUUUUGAUUAUGAGAUUGAGAAGGAGCCCCUGCUCUUCCACGUCUUCAGCAACGCUGGCGUCAUGCUGUACCGCUACGUGCUGGAGCUCCUGCAAACCCAUCAGCGCUUCUGCCACCUGCGUGUGGUGGGCACUAUCUUUGACAGUGGUCCUGGCGAUAGCAACCUGGUAGGGGCUCUGCGGGCCCUGGCCACCAUCCUGGAGCACCGGCCUGCCAUACUGCGCCUGUUGCUCCUGGUGGCCUUCGCCCUAGUGGCAGUCCUGUUCCAUGUCCUGCUUGCUCCACUCACAGCCCUCUUCCACACCCACUUCUAUGACAGGCUACAGGACGCAGGCUCUCGCUGGCCUGAGCUCUACCUCUACUCGAGGGCAGACGAGGUAGUCUUGGCCAGAGACGUGGAACGCAUGGUGGAGGCACGCCUGGCACACCGGGUCCUAGUGCGCUCCGUGGACUUUGUGUCAUCUGCACACGUCAGCCACCUCCGCGACUACCCUACGUACUACACAAGCCUCUGUGUUAACUUCAUGCGCAACUGUGUCCACUGCUGAGUCCACCUCACCUCUGCUCCAGAAAUAAAUGCCUGAUACCUCCCCACAACCUACAUCUGUGGGGUCCUCUUCUGGUUCAGCUCCCUAUGGCCCUUUGGGACUCUGUGGUCCUGUAAGUAGAAAAUUCCUGUGGGGCUCUCUCCUGCGGGACUGCUGGUGGUUUGCUUCCCCCAGGAUCCUAAGGGGCAGGAGUGCCCGGGCGUAUGUCUGUGGGACCUUGCAGUUGGGUGUGUUUGGACAACUGCAACCAUCAGGCUGCUGAUUCCUGUGGCAUUUAGGCUACAGAGAUUAACAAAGUAGGAAGGGGGUGGUGUUGAGGCUGAGCCCGAGUUGAUUUUUUUAAAAAAUUGUGAUAAGAACA